GGACGCGCACGCCGGCUCCUAGCAACGGGAAGCGGUGCGAAUGGCGGCGGGCGACUUUUAAACAUGGCCGACGACUUGGACGAGCUGUUGGACGAAGUGGAGUCGAAAUUCUGCCGCGGUUUCCCCGCGACGGGCCCGCGCUUUCCGGCCGGGGACGGGAACAGGGACGGGAACAGGGACGGAGGGCGGCCCUCGAAAAGUGACCAGGAGCCGGAGGGGAGAUGCGGAGCAGAGCGGACUAAGAAGGCUGUGCCUGGAGAAGGUGAUGAUGCUGAAGACAUCGACGCUCUUCUUGAAGACAUACUGGACGACGACUACGACUGCGACGCCCUCAACUUGGAUAUGUCCAAAGCAGCGAAGAAAGACCAUAAGAGUUCAUCACUCCCUCCAGCAAAUACAAAGUGUUGCCCGGUUUUCCUUGGAGGGACUUCGGUGGCUUUUGGGGUCGGAACUCGCACCUCCCAGAGGGCCUGCGACCAGCUCAGGUGCACUUCCUGCGACUUCCGCGUGGCCACGUUUGACGACUGCGAGUGGGACCCUUCUUGCGACUACCUGUUCUUCAGGAACAACAUGCCCAGCUGCGAGAAGCUGCGUGCCAAGCUGAAGAGGAGGCGGGGCAUGAGGGCGUACGCCUGCCAGUGCAGCUGGUGCUCCGUCGUGGCGCUCGGCGACGUCUCCCAGCAGCCUCAGCUCAAGUGGGUGUGCGGGAAACACGAGGCGUGAGCUGAGCCCGUCAUUGUGGCGCCCUUUGGGGAGGAGACUUCGUGCUCUUCAUCGCCGCUCUCUUCGGAACCCCUCCGCCCCCUGCAGCGUCACCGCAGUAGGAAGACGUUCGUAGCUCAGCCCUCCGCCAUUGUCGCACAAUGCGGAGCGCAGUCGGGGGCCACGGGGACCUCAGUGGGAGGUGGUUGAGAAGCUGGACUCCUCACAUGGGAAAGUGCUCCAGUUCAGGGAAGACUGGCUCUCUGGAAGCUGCUAAGACUUCUGGGUAUACAGCUUGUGGGUCAGUAGGGGGCGCUCUUCUAACAAAGGCCACAGGCGACACCCUUUCCCGUGCCGUGUUCUCUCUGCUGGUUCUGCUUCGGCGGCUGAGGAGCCCCGAGGACGGCCGGUCACGUUGACCAUUAAGUGUAGCGCGAGUCCAGCUGGACAACACCUGCGUGGGACGAACUGGACAGAGGAGUGGAAG